AUGCCAAAACGCUCAGGUUCGCGGAUCCCUUCCGUGGCGUCGUCUCGUGCGGAGACCUCUGAUCAUACCAACCUUGGAAGUCGACAACGUCAAUCGAAGCGUGACGAGGCUAUUCGUAAGAAGCUUGAGCAAGAGCUUUCCAGGAAGCAAACGAGUACAUCACGUGUACGACAAACGAGAAAAAUUGCCGGCACAGUAUCUGCUUUACGGCCAACCCAGGCACUCACCGUCAAGGAAAACUUGCUCGUCAUUGAAGCUUCUCAACUCAUGGCUGCUAAACGAAGCAAUUGUGUUCUUGUGGUCGACAAUGAUGAUCAUCUAAGUGGUAUCUUUACUGCCAAAGAUCUCGCAUAUCGAGUUGUAGCCGAAUCGCUUGAUGCCAGGGCGACCACUGUUGCUGAAAUCAUGACACAAGGCCCAAUGUGUGUCACCGCCGAUACUUCCGCUACGGAUGCACUCAAUCUCAUGGUUUCGCGUGGUUUCCGUCACUUGCCUGUAUGCAAUGACGAAGGCGAUAUCUUUGGCUUGUUGGACAUCACAAAGUGUUUGUAUGAGGCUUUGGACAAGAUGGAGCGUGCAUAUGGAUCCUCUCGCAAGUUAUACGAUGCCUUGGAAGGUGUUGAACGUGAAUGGAACACAAAUAGCCCAGCUCAACUCGUUCAGUACAUGGAGAGUCUUCGAGAUCGUAUGUCAUGUCCAGAUUUGAGCUCUGUUAUGGAUGGCACUGCACCUGCUGAAGUCAAUGUCAAGACCAACGUCCGUGAUGUGGCUCGUAUCAUGAAGGAACAUCGUACAACAGCUGUUCUUGUCGCUGAUCGAGAAGGAUUGGCAGGUAUCUUUACAACUAAGGAUGUUGUUCUUCGUGUUAUUGCCGCUGGCUUGAAUCCUGAAAAUUGCUCUGUGGUGCGAGUCAUGACACCUCAUCCUGAAACAGCCCCACCUUCAACAACUAUCAUGGAUGCCUUGCGUCGCAUGAAUGAUGGUCACUUUUUGAAUCUUCCUGUUAUGGAUGCUGGUGUCAUUGUUGGUAUGGUGGACGUCCUUAAGCUUACAUAUGCAACUCUCGAACAAAUUCACAGCAUGCAAGGAUCAGAUGGUGAAGGUCCAAUGUGGUCACGUUUUUGGGAUAGCUUUGGAGCAAACGAAGCUGAGAGUGAGUCGCAAUCUUCUGAUCCAUCAGCCAAUCAUUCGGGCAACCAUUCAAGAUCACCUGUACACGGCAUUUCACCUGAACCAUCCGGCUCCUUUUCACAACUACAAGGCUUCCCUGAGAUUACACCCAACGAAUCGGCUAGCAUGGUCAAUCAUGAAGAUACUUUGUCAGCAACCUCUUCUCAUCAAAGUCCACCCUCACGCAUCACUCAAAAGGAACCAGUGGAUGAUGAUACUUUUGCCUUCAAGUUUACAUCGACAGGUGGAAAGACGCAUCGAUUCACAUCACCUAUCAACAGUUAUUCUCAGCUUAUUGAGACGGUACGCCAAAAAGUGAUCAAUGAGCAUGUUGCAACCGAGGCAGAUGAUUCAACAGAAUGGUUGUCGAUUUCAUAUUUGGAUGAUGAGAAUGAUAAGGUGUUGAUCAGCUCGGAUAUGGAUGUCAAAGACGCUGUGCAACUUGCACGCAAAUUGGGCAAUGAUCGUGUGAAGCUCUUUGUACAUGAUUUGACUCAACCUGAAGAACGAAGUACGCCACAAGUGGAAACAAUGGAUAUGCCUACUACUAGUACUCAAUUCGACAAUAGCGGAGCAUCCACACCUACAACAGUACCAGCACCUUCUUCUUCAUCCAAGCAUGAGAGUGAUCGCAGCAUCCGUAGUAAGCGUAGCAACAAGCGUCAUUCCAGACGAAUGGCAUCCGACACUGAAAGUGACGAUGAACAUUAUCAUGAACCAUCCUCGGCCUUCCCUCAAGAAAUCAUGUUACCAGCUGCUAUUGCUUUCCUUGGCGUCGUCAUUCUCGGCGUCUUUGCAUACUCCCGUGUUAGUCCCAAGCAUCGUUAG